CGGCUGCUGGUCCAUCUGUCUCCUCCACCUCCACGGCCGACGCUUUGGCCGACCUCUUCGGUGGGCUGGGCGGCUCUGGUGUUGCUGGUGCUGCUGACAGUGGUCCCCUCGUACUUUCUCCCAAGAACUACGUGCCGCCCAGUCGUGUGAUGUUGGAGGCAUCGCGUGGCAAGGGUCUGGAAAUAGCCGGAACCUUUAUGCGCACACCCACAGGCGCC